AUGGCGGAACAGUUCUCGAUGAAGCGUUUCGCCGAUGAACCUCACCUCUGGCAUAACACGAGCAGCAAGAUAGAUGAAUGCGCGGAUAGCGCGCCAAAGGGCUGGGUCUUCUCAAAGCGUAUCGGUGUGUUCGGCGACUCGAUCCGUUUAGAAAGCAUCCUAGUCUAUUCUUUCCGAGCCCAGCUCGCUGUCGCGUUACUGGCCAUUGUGGGUACGUGUUACGCGGCCCGACUAGACAACACUUACCUUCCCCCGGGCAAUGCGGGUAGCGCAGGAGGUGCAGGAUUGAUACAAGCUCCCAAUCGUGGUAUCGGAGGUCCAGGUGGUCCUGGUGGACCCGGUAGACCAGGUGGUGGACCAGGUGGACCUGGUGGCCCGGGUGGUCCGGGUGGACCAGGAGCGUAUGGCGGUGGUGGUGGUGGCCCCUUCGGCGGCGGCGGUGGCGGAGGUGGUUAUGGUGGACCUGGUGGCGGCGGCGGAGGUGGACCAAGGGGAGGGCCCGGAGGAGGCCAAGAGAUACCUAUCGUCUCGUUCAACAAUCAGAAUGGCGGUGACGGCAACUACCAAUUCAGCUACGAAACAGGAAAUGGUAUCAGUGCGCAAGAAACGGGUCACCAGCAAGGUAACUCGGAAGCGGUGAGCGGAUCAUAUUCGUACACCGGACCUGAUGGUGUACAGUACAGCAUCAGUUACACCGCGGACGAAGAAGGUUUCCAUCCCCAAGGCGCACAUUUACCCACUCCACCUCCGAUUCCGCCGGAAAUCCAACGAGGAGUAGAGUUAGCACUUGCAGCUGAAGCCAGAGGCGAAAAUCAAGAUACCUCCGGUGGUGGAGGUGGUGGCGGUAACGGUGGUGGUGGCAGUGGCGGUGGCGGUUAUUCACCAGGAGGUGGUUACACAGGAGGCGGUGGAGGUAGUGGCGGCGGUGGCGGUCGAGGAGGAGGCGGAGGUGGUGGACCUUAUCAGGGUCCAAACUCGUACCAAACAAGCUCGGGCGGAUACCAUUACUAGACGACAACGCACAAGUCAUUACGUAUUACACGAUCAAUCUUGUUCCAUUACAGUAAUAUCAUUUAA